AUGACUUUUGUGACUCCUGACGUAGCAUUGAGCCUUUGCCUGACAACAUUACUGGAAGGGAUGAAGCUUGGAAAUUGGCUCACGAGUGUUUUGUUCCUCAUUGUCGCCGCAGUGAGCAAUGCAGUAGGUGCAUUUGUGGGGAUAAACAUUGGCACUGAUGUUACUGAUCUUCCAUCUGCUUCAAAUGUAGUUGCUAUUCUGAAAGCACAUCAAAUUCAACAUGUGCGUCUGUACGAUGCCAAUGAGCACAUGCUACAAGCCCUUUCAAAAUCUGGCAUUGAAGUAAUUGUUGGAGUCACAGAUGAAGAGAUACUAGGCAUUGGAGAAUCUGCAUCAGUUGCUGCAGCAUGGAUUAGUAAGAAUGUGGCUGCAUACAUGCCAUCUACUAACAUCACAGCAAUAUCAGUUGGUAGUGAGGUUCUCACCUCAGUCCCAAAAGUUGCACCUGUUCUUGUUCCUGCCAUGAACCAUCUGCACAAAGCACUUGUUGCUUCAAACCUUAACUUUCGAGUUAAGAUUUCAACUCCGCAGUCCAUGGAUAUAAUUUCUAGGCCUUUUCCUCCUUCUACGGCCACCUUUAACUCCUCAUGGAACUCCACAAUCUACCAACUUCUUCAGUUUUUGCAGAACACAAAUUCCUCUUACAUGUUAAAUACCUACCCUUAUUAUGGAUACACUAGAGGAGAUGGCAUUUUCCCCAUUGAAUAUGCUCUAUUCAGACCCCUUUCUCCAGUGAAGCAAAUUGUUGAUCCAAACACACUUUUCCACUAUAAUAGCAUGUUUGAGGCUACGGUGGAUGCGACCUAUUUUGCCAUAGAAGCCUUCAAUUUCAAUAAUAUACCUAUUGUUGUCACAGAAACGGGUUGGCCUAGUUUUGGUGGAAUAAAUGAACCAGAUGCUAGUGAAAAGAAUGCCGAAACCUAUAAUAAUAAUUUGAUUCUGAGAGUACUCAAUGGUUCAGGAACCCCAAGUCAGCCAAAGAUAGCUAUUAAUACCUACCUAUAUGAGUUAUUCAAUGAGGAUAAGAGGAAAGGGCCUGUAUCAGAAAAGAAUUGGGGUGUUUUUUAUGCUAAUGGAAGUAGUGUUUACCCUUUGAGCUUUAGUGCUUCCAACCUGCGUAAUGGAAAUUCUACAGGAUCAUUUUGUGUGGCUAAAGAUGAUGCAGACACUGACAAAUUGCAAGCUGGCUUGAGCUGGGCUUGUGGACAAGGCCAAGCUAACUGUGUAGCUAUUCAACCAGGGCGACCAUGCUAUUCCCCCAAUAACGUCAAAAGCCAUGCCUCUUAUGCUUAUAAUGAUUAUUAUAAAAAAAUGCAUAAUGCUGGUGGAACAUGUGACUUUGAUGGUACAGCUACAACAACUACCGAGGAUCCUAGUUAUGGGUCCUGUAUAUAUGCGGGAAGUGCUAACUCAAGCAUUGGUGCAAGGAGUUCAUCUUCUACAGCAAUUGGACUUGGACCAGUAAGUUCUGAUCAAGUUGGAGCUAGUUUGAACCUGCAAGUGUCCACUUUUCAGUAUCUGAUAUCUUCUAUUAGUGUACUUUUUGCUAUAAUGAUGUGA